CUUACUAUGAGUGCACAGACGUUAACUCUCGAGACAUAUCGCAUAGUACGUUAGUAGGGACAGAUGUGUUGGAACAAAGUCACGUUUUCCUCAGCUUAUUAAUCUAAUAUUCCUCCACGAGCAACAUGUCGACUUUGAGUUACUGGAAUGAGCCUAGCACUCUGAUAUAUGACAACACCAGCAUUGUCGAUCGCGCGAGAACGAGAACUGAAGUUUACCCGGAUGUUAUUCCUUUCAUCGAAAGAUCAAUGUCUGGUUCUAGGAGAUCCCUGACGAACCAGGAGUUUCUGCAAAAAGUUGAGAAAAUAGCUAGAUACCUAGUGUCUGUAGGGGUUCGUAAAGGCGACAUGAUUGGCAUAUUUGGGCCAAACUCACUGGAGUGGAUUAUCGGGGAAUUCGCUAUCUUUUUCGCCGGGGCGGUUUCAGUUCAUAUAAAUAUAAACAAACGAGACGCAAGUGAUGCAGUUGAAGUCAUCGACAUCUGUAAAUGUAGAUUUUUACUGAUAGACCCGGCCGACAACAGUGGUGCACUGGAGCUAAUAUCAGAGUUCAAACAGCGAACCGACAAUAAUCAAAUAUUCCUUCUCAGAAAAAGUGAGAAUUGUCCAUUCCACGACUUAGAAUCGGAGCUUAGUGCUCCGGAAAGAAAAUUCGAGUUACCAAAGGUCGACGCUGAGGACGAUGCCGUGAUUUUUACAACCUCAGGCAGCACAGGAAAUCCAAAACUGGUCCUUCACACUCAUUCUGCGGUUGUUUGCAAUAUUCCGACCGAUAAAGAAAACCCGACGCAUGCUAUGUUGGGGGGUCCUUCGAUGUUCAAAAUGUUUAAUGACCGUACUUUCAGCUGGAUGGGAGGGUCACCAAUCGUGAGCUUCGUGUAUGGUAAUCAGUUUAUAUUUACUUCCUCGAAGACACAUCCGACAAAGGAACAUGCAAAACAAAUAUGGGAGAUGAUGAAGGAGGAAAACUGUAUGGGUGGAUGUUUUCUACCUUAUUUACUUCAGAAUAUGAUUGACACACAUGCCAUACCAGAAGAUGAUGAUUUCAGACUACAAAUGCUGUUUUCUGGGGGUCAAAUUAUUGACGACACAUUCAUGAAGGAGGUGUGGCGAUACUGCGGGACCCUUUAUAUCGGGUAUGGGUUCACUGAAUCGUUUAGUAGUGUGGCUGCACUAAUCCUACCUGAAGGUCAGCCGUAUUACAAAGGGAAUGUUGGGAAAAUUUCAAAGGGUGUGGAGUUGAGAAUUGUAGAUGAUUCAGAAAACAUCGUUGAGCUGGAAAGUCAAGGCGAAAUCCAAAUACGUCAAAACUCACUGAUGAAGGGAUAUUUUGCAAACGAUGAACUUACAAAAGCAACAUUCACACCAUCGGGUUGGUUUAAAACCGGCGACAUCGGCUAUCUUAGAGAGGAAGGGGCUCUCUUUAUUACAGGGAGGAAGAAAGACAUCAUCUCUCGAGGAACAAGGAAAAUCAUGCCUGCAGGUAUAGAAGACAAAGUAAAGGACAUGCCCGGCAUCAAACAAGUGGUUGUAGUCGGGGUACCGGACGAUCUGCUGCUGGAAGAAAUAUGCGUUUGCUUCAGUUCCGUCGAGGGGAAGGACGUCACCCCGGCUGCUGUUGAGGAGUUUUGUAAAAAUGUCUACCUGAAAGAAGAAACUGCGGACGGGAUGGGGGAAAUGCCGAAGUAUUUCCAGCGUUUUGAAUCGUUUCCAUUACUCCACAAUGGCAAGAUGAACAAAGUGCAGUUGAAACUUAAUGCAGCACAAAAUCUUAAGCUAGGAAAUUAAUCACACGUCCACCGAGAUUCCGACAGCAACAUUAAACGUGGCCGGAUGACUAAAUAAUGAACGGACGGAGUAAACAGGGAAAAUGGUCAUUCUGGACAAAAACAUACCUAGGGUAUUUGUGCUUAGUCUGGCGUAAAUUUGUGUGAUUAUGGAUAUACAGGAUACACUUAUACAUGGCUGAUAUUUCCGCCGGGUAAUUUUUUCGGACCUCUUAGCUGUCAUGGAUAUACAGCAUACAAUUAUACAUGACCGAUAUUUCCACCUGGUACAUUUUGCCUCUUUAGCUAUCAUUGGUCGUAUCUGGAUUUUACGAGACAAGCUAAAUCGUAACCAGGGAAGUGGUACACCUUAAGUUAAUGUAGUGUCCCCGCUAUAACGCAAGUUAUAAGGAUAUACGUAAAGAUUGAAUAAGUAAAGAAGAUUUACUAAGAGUGCAAUUAGGUUUUCAGUCAUUUCAUCGGUAUUUUUUUCUUUAAGUUCAAAGACAGCUAAUAAAACAAGAGGCCCAUGGGCCUUAACGGUCAUCUGAAAAACAAUUGUCUAUAUGCAGCCAGUUAUGUUUCACAUCAAAUUUGGUUUUUAUCUAUUUGGCUAAAGGAGGAGCAGCGUCUUAAAAGCAAUAUUUCAGCCAAGUUCCCAUUUUUGGGCCAUGUCCCUCUGUCCCCAUAUUUGGGACAAGCCUCAUUUAUAUCAAUUAGGAUUGCCCUUCCCCGAUGAUGUUUCAUACUAAAUAUGGUUAUAAUCAAUAAAUGCAUUAAAAAAGAGAAGCAUUUUUAAGCAAAAGUUUGGCUAAGUUCCCCUUUAGGGGCCUCACCCCUCUGUCCCCAGGGGCCUCAACAAGCCUCAUUUAUAUAAAAUAUGAUUUCUGUCCCCUUAUGAUGUUUCACACCAAAUGUGGUUGUAAUCCAUUAAGGAGUAACGUUUUAAAUCAAUUUUUGGCUAAGUUUCCCUUUUGGGGCCUCGCCCCUGUGUCCCCAGGGUUCACACUAGAAUAAUUCAAAAAAAUAUGAUUACCCUCCCCUAAUGAUGUUUCAAACCAAAUUUGGAUGUAAUCCAGCCAAGGGUUAAAAAGGAGUAGUGUUUUAAAGCAAUAAUUCACCAAUUUUCCCCCCUUUGGGCCCCGCCACUCGGGCCUCUAGAGUCACAUCAGCCACAUUUAUAUAAAAUAUGAUUGUCCUUACCUGUUAAUGUUUCACACCAAAUUUGGAUGUAAUCCACCCAAGGAUUCAGCAAAGUUCCCCUUUUUAUAUAAAAUAUGAUUGCCCUCCCCCAAUGAUGCUUCAAACUGAAUUUGGUAUUAAUCCACCCAAGGGUUAUGGAGUAGUAGCGUUUUGAAAUAAAAAGUCUUACGCAUGGUGGACGGCGCACGACGACAGACGGAAUACGAUGGCUAUAGGGCAUCCUGACCCUUGAGGUCAAAUGACCUAAAAUCUUAAAAUAUGUCUGUUUUAUCUACUGCAUAAGAAUUCUCAUUGUUGUACAUGUAUGUUUUUCAGAUACGCCUAGGUAAGCGUCAUGUGAUGCAAUGUCUGCAAUGUUUUACACGUAAGAUAGCAGUCAGCGAUCGUAUUGAUCGUGUCGUCACAAAAUCCAUCCAGAUACAUGGGCUAUAAUAAUUUCUAGCUCUGAUAGACAUAAUGAAAACCUCGUCAGGUGGACAGGAACGUGUAAUUAUACAAAUAAACAAACCAAUUUUACG